AUGGAUAAAGCGCCUCAGCAGGAUAGCAAGGAGGAGAAGGGAUCGAUCACUGACUGGGUCAAACCCGGUGACAAAAGCGGUGAAUUCAAACGCCAAACCUCCGUCUUUAGGAACUGGAUUCAUAACAAACCGGAUGCCGAAUUUCCACCUGAGAAAGGACGAUACCAUCUCUAUGUUUCCUACGCCUGUCCUUGGGCCCACCGCACACUCAUCGUCCGUCAGCUAAAGGGGCUCGAAGACAUCAUCUCCUACAACAGCGUACACUGGCACAUGGCAGAGAAAGGCUGGCGGUUCGCGACUCCUGACGAGAAGGUACCGGGUAACACAACACCAGACCCGAUUCACGACGGAUACACGCAUCUGCGGGACAUUUACUUUGAGCAGAACCCAGACUAUGAGGGACGGUUCACGGUACCUACACUGUACGAUAAGAAAGCCAAGAAGAUUGUCAGCAAUGAGAGUGCGGAGAUUAUAAGGAUGCUGUACACCGAGUUUGACGACCUCAUCGAGGAGAAGUACAGGAAAGUGGAUCUCUUUCCCAAGGAUCUACAAAAGGACAUCGAGGCUAUGAAUGACUGGGUGUAUAACGAGGUCAACAACGGUGUUUACAAGUCGGGAUUCGCUACCACCGAAGAAGCAUACACAAAAGCUGUAACACAACUCUUCAAGUCUCUUGAUCGCCUGGAGGAAUCGUUGUCCAAGUCUUCGACUCCAUACCUCCUUUCAAGCCCACACGUAUCAGAGGCUGAUGUCCGUCUCUUCACAACCAUCAUUCGCUUCGACCCCGUCUAUGUUCAGCACUUCAAGUGCAACAUUCGUGAUAUUAGGUCAGGAUAUCCUCUUCUCCACAAGUGGAUGCGCCAUCUGUACUGGGACUACCCCGCUUUCAAAGACACCACCAACUUUGAACACAUCAAGAAUCACUACACCAAGAGUCAUGGUCAGAUCAACAAAUUUCAAAUCACGCCUAUUGGGCCUUUACCGGACAUUCUUGAGAAGGACGAUGAAGUGCCCAGCGUCAAGGCCGUGAUGAAGUAG